UGAUUCAGUUGCAUUGACACACAUUCUGUUGACAAAUGCAUCUUCAGGUCUAGCACGUUGUGCUCUGUCCAAUACAAUGAUCUCCAGACACGCUCCUGGACAGAGUGGUCUGAGUCUGAGGCACUGAAGGGAACGUGGGAAAACUUUGACCAUGAUGGAGUUUUUUCGAAGAUCUGAAGAUGAAGAUUAUUUCACAAAUAUUAAGUUUUUGAUGUGCAUUGCUGUGUCGUUCAUGUUCAUAGCUGGAGAUAAAUCUGUUGAUGCAUUUCCUGCUUGGACACCUCAGUUAGAAAAUACCGUACCUCCCAGUUUUUUGGUGUUCGAUGUUCACUCCACAUUCCAGCACCAGGCAAGAAAGAAGAGGUACACAUUAACUCCGCAGAUGCAGAAAUGGGAUCAUUUCAAUCUAACAUACAAAAUUCUGUCCUUUCCAAAGACCCUGAAUGAAAAGGACACAGAAAAGGGAAUCGCACUCGCUUUUCAAAUGUGGAGCGAAGUUUCUCCUUUCAAUUUCACUCAAGUUCCUGCAAAUGUCAGUGCUGACAUUAAAAUAGGGUUUUAUUCCAUAAAUCACACCGACUGCUUGGAAGUUCCUUCUCAUCCGUGUUUUGAUGGAAUAACGGGAGAACUAGCACAUGCUUUCUUUCCAACUAUUGGAGAAAUCCAUUUUGAUGAUUUUGAACAUUGGCAAUUGGGUAAAACUCGCUUCAGCUGGAAGAAAAUUGUCUGGCUUACUGAUUUGGUACAUGUUGCAGCCCACGAGAUUGGACACAGCCUUGGAUUAAUGCAUUCACAGAACGCAAAUGCACUUAUGCACAAAAAUGCUACUUUAACAGGAAAAGAUAAAAUCAGUCAGGAUGAUAUCUGGGGGAUUUGGAGGCUGUAUGGUUGCUUGGACAGACUUGAUGAAUGUCCUUCCUGGGCGCAGAUGGGAUUCUGUGAAAAACAACUUUCUUUCAUGAAGAAGCAUUGUCCCUUAAGCUGUGACUUCUGCAGAGAUCCACCCAUUCCAACCAAUGCACCUACACCUUUACCUCCCAGGACUAAAGUUAGACGAGUUUCCAAAGGACGAAAGGUUACAGUUCAAUGUGGACGAAAGGUUGCUCAUAAGAAAGGGAUAUUGCAAUGGUAUAAAGAUGACGAGCUAUUAGAGUUCUCAUAUGCUGGUUAUAUCUCCAUGAUGGGGAAUAAGCUCAUCAUCGUUGCUAAUGCAAUCAAUCAAGGAACCUACACCUGUCUAGUGAAGAAAAAAGACAAAAUUCUUACAAAAUACUCCUGGCGGUUAAUAGUUAAAGAGUAAAAGACUUUACCUACCCUGUACCUGGUUAUGAUCUACUUAACUUGUUAAGUUAAUACAUUGUUUGAUGUUUGUACAGUGAUCUUUAUUAAAUCUGACUGACCAAUCUGUCAAAA